AUGUGUAGAAGUGCUGCCUUGAGUGAGGCAUAUGAGGCAAAUGAGGCAAAAAGUAACGUACUCGGCGGCGCAGCCUUGGCCAGUUUUCACAAUGAAGUUUUCAACGGCUGGACAAGUCAGCAUGCAGCUCAGACUACAUCCAUUCCACUCACGCUUUUCGAGAGUCUCAAGGCAUACUACGAAUUUUCCCAAGUCGUACAGACUAGUUUCGAUCGAUGUGAUCUCAUAGGUUACGCCGAUGCUGGCUUUGCUAAGCGCAGCGAUAAAGAUGAUGGUAACGAGGAUGAUGAAGAUUACGCAGAUGAUAAAGACGCUAACUGGACCAUCCGCGCAUAUCAUGCAUCCGGAUCUCGUCUUGACGACAAGCCCAAGAUGGUUAUCGAACAGGUCAAGUUCCGUCGGUGGUUUUAUACUUGGAAGAACAUGAAAUAUAUUGUUUAUCGAGCAAAUUACGAGGAUCCUAAGGGGUUCGGCACUUUGAAGUUACAGUUUAUACUUUCAGAUAAAGAAGAUGACCCCUCCGCUAGGGGUAUAGAUGCUUUGAUCCUAGCCGCCAGUGCCUGGACCCUAGAACUCCACGAAGAAAUAUAUGUCUUUGAUAGUCAAUUAUGGGUUAAAGACAAGAAUCUUUACGAAUCUGUUCAGGGCUCCUCGUGGGAUGAAGUCAUUCUCAAUAAAACGUUGAAGGCCAAUCUUAUCGCUGACGUGGAGAGCUUCUUUGAUAACCAGGCUUUGUAUAAGAAGCUUGCUGUGCCUUGGAAACGUGGGAUCAUUUUGCAUGGUGUACCAGGUAAGAAUUAUCAGGAUCUCCACUAUAUCAUGAACGUGCACUCUUUUGGAAUAAAUGUCGAUUUACAUCUCUCCGAUUCAAAAAUGAAAUGGCAAAACAAUCUCCAUCAAAGCCCUCAUGUCAACUCUCUCCUCUCGUCCUUCCCCUAUCCCAUCCCUCUACGUCAAAUCCUUCGACGUGAAUGCCACGGCCCAAAAUGGGCCAUCUCAACCAUCUUUCAAAAAGCCCGCAAAAUGGCUCCCUGUCUCCUUAUCUUCGAAGAUCUCGAUUCUCUCGUCACCGAGAAAACUCGUUCAUACUUUCUAAACGAAGUAGAUGGACUAGAAUCCAAUGAUGGAAUCCUCAUGAUCGGCAGUACGAAUCAUUUAGGAAAACUAGAUUCGAGUAUUAGUAAGAGACCGAGUAGAUUUGAUCGGAAAUACUGUUUUAGAGUUCCGAAUGAAGAAGAGCGGAGAGCGUAUGUAGAGUUUUGGAGGGGAAAAUCGGGAGGGGAUGAAGGGGAUAUGGUUGAUUUUGGAGAGGAUGUGUGUUCGCUGAUUGCGAAGAUGACGGAAGGAUUCAGUUUUGCUUACUUGAAAGAAAUGUUUAUUGUUACGCUUUUGAGUAUUGCAAGGAGUGCUACGGGAGCGGGGGAUGAUGGUGUUGAGGAGGAGAAGGAGAGUUUUACGACUGCUUCUACAUCUAUAUCUACAUCUACACCUACGGAUGACGGGGUAGUAUUCGAGAGAGACGAUAGCAUGGAAAGUGUUUUUCGCAAUUUUCAACCUACUACUUGCGACACCGAGCAAACAGCCGAGCAAACAGCCGAGCAAACAAAGCCUCGGAAGACUCUUCCAAAAGUAGACAUUCCUGAACAUCUCAUAAAUAACGUGUUUCUCAACGCACUUGUGGCGCAAGCGAAGAUGCUGGUAGAGGAAAUGGAUAGUACGGAUGAACUUAUGGGGGUGGAGAAGGUUCCUGGUUUGAGUGGGAUGGGUGGUGCGAUGCAUAUUGGGAUGGCGAGGGCGAGGGCGGGGAUGGGAGGGUGUUGA